GUACCGAUGCAGCAACAAGUUCCAGGACAAGCUCCGAUACAACAGCAAAUUCCGAUACAACAGCAACAACCAAUACAACAGCAACAACCAAUCCAAGGACAAGUUCCGAUGCAGCAAGUACCUAUGCAACAACAAGUACCUAUGCCACAGCAAGUACCUAUGCCACAGCAAGUACCUAUGCCACAGCAAGUACCUAUGCAACAGCAAAUACCAAUGCAAGGACAAGUACCGAUGCAGCAAAUGCCAAUCCAAGGACAAGUACCGAUGCAGCAAAUGCAUCCUGGUCAGGUUCCCAUGCAACAAAUGCAUCCUGGUCAGGUUCCCAUGCAACAAAUGCAUCCUGGCCAAGUACCGAUGAUGCCGAUUCAUCCUGGCCAAGGGCAAAUGCCUCCUCAACCACAUCCAGGUCAACCACCAAUCCAUAUUGCACAGCCUCCUAUGACCAUGCCACUCUUUGAUGAAAAUGCUGAUGAUGCUCCUGCUGUUGCCAUGGAAUACAAGGUUCAUGUUGAUCCUGGAAAAGAGGAGUGUUAUUUCCAAUUUGUCCAGAAAGGCGCAACUAUUUAUGUCAGCUUUCAGGUUCUUCGUGGAGGAGAUGGUAUGGCUGGAUUUGCAAUAAGAAACCCUAGCGGCCAGUUAGUUCAUCCUUAUCAAUGGAAACCUGCAUCUGAGUUCCAAGAAGUAUCACCUACUGGUGGAUAUUAUGGGAUCUGUGUGGACAAUCAGUUCUCUCGAUUUGCUGCCAAAUUAGUCAAUCUUUAUAUCACAACCUUCAGGUAUGACCAAUGGGAAAAAUUUACUCAGGAACUAAAAGAUAUUGACGUUAGUGCCGAAAACUGCACAAAUAUACUUCAAGGCGUCGAUAAACGAAUUCAAGGAAUUUUACAAAUGCAGCAAUUGGCCAGAAGCAGAGAAGCCCGUGACUACAAUCUUCUAUUGGAUAACGAGACUUACGUGCAAAAUUGGUCUAUUGCUCAGUGCGUCGUGGUUAUUGCUUGCUUUGUUGUACAGGUUUACUUUGUUAAGAAACUUUUUGAAACUAAAAACAGUGGUAGAGGAAGGAUCUAGAAGAGAUUUUAUUACGCGUGGGAUUUAAAGAUACUUAUUUUUUUUUGCCAAUCUCAACGGAUCUUCCAAAAUUGACAUAAUUUUUAAUGUUGACUCUAAACAUGAUUACUCCUUUUUUUUUACAAUCCGUCCCAAUCUACAUUCCAUUUGUCCCUAAAUUUAAUGAAUUAUUGAAGUGAAACCGAGUUGUGAAUUUGGUGAUGACAAAAUACAAAGUGCUCAUGUCUUACUA